AUGUUGACGCACGACGGCGACGACGUGGCGGCGGCGGCGGAGAUGGUGUGGACGGACGCGGGCGGCGCGGGCGGGACGCCGUGGGUGGAGGCGUUCGGGACGAGGGAGACCGCGGCGAAGUGGCGGGAAGGCGCGGUCAUGGACGCGUUCGAGGAGGAGGAGGAGGAGGACGGCGGCGAACGGAAGGCGUCGCUGAUGCGUCACGUCGUGGACUUCAGCGGGAGAGUGCUCGAGCCCGCGCUGAGACGGGUUGACGUUCGGAAGGAGAAGGAAGCGAACGGGCCGCCGAGCAAGACGCCGUCGACCAGGGGCGUCGUGUACGAGUAA